AUGACUGAAGAUAACCAACGACCAGUGACGCCGCCUCCCAGGCCAGUGGAUACUCAUUCUCUCCAACUCACGCCAGAUCAAGUCCGGCAGGUUGAAAUCAAUAGGCUAAGAGCCAAGGCUAAACAGCGACAGCGCGAGAAAGAGUCAGCCGAAGGCUCUUCUUCGACGCUCAACGAGAACAAGAAACGCCCGUUAGAAGUCACUCCCGCUGCCUCUACAUCUCCAACGGCACCAAAGCCGCUGAAGCGUGACUCGAGGCUAGGGAAGUAUUUUGAGUAUGACUUGUCCAAAAUGGUCAAUUCGAAGGGAGGUUUCCUGGUCGAGGACGAGAAGGAGCCGAAUAAAGAUCUUCGAGCCAAAGAGCGGGAGCGGGAGAGGCAGCGCGCAUUACAGAACUUGGAGCCCCCUAUGCACUUGGAUCCUGAUCGCAAUCCGAAAUGUAAAGAGUGCCAAUCUAUGGACAUAGAUUAUACCUUCAAGAAGAUCUUUGGAUGCUUGGUGUGCAACAAAUGCAAGGAUCAAUACCCUGAGAAGUACAGCCUGCUCACCAAGACUGAAUGCAAAGAGGACUAUCUCUUGACUGAUCCUGAGCUCCGCGACCAUGAGCUCCUACCUCAUCUGCUAAAAGCCAAUCCACACAAGUCUACUUUCGCCAAUAUGAUGCUCUUUCUUCGCUGUCAGAUCGAAGAGUUUGCCUGGAAGAAAUGGGGUUCUCCUGAGGAACUCGACAAAGAGUGGGAGCGCCGAGUCGCGGAGAAGAAAAAGAACAAGAACAAGAAGUUUGAGGAAAGCCUCAAGGACCUGAGACGGAGGACGAAGGAGGGGAUCUGGCAGAAGAGAAAGGACAACGAACACAAGCAUGUCUUCUCGACAGUCCAGGACGGAAAACAGGAACGUUCGCGGUCCACCUCUUUCUACCUCGAACAAAACAUGGAAGACACAAAUCAAGUAGAGCCGAACACUAUUGACGUUUGCCUUGAUGUUGAGCAGCUUGAAAUGAACUUAUUCCGCUCUAAACGUCUUUUCAUGCCAACUCGCGCCCGAGGUGUGUUCGGAGGCCAAGUGAUCUCACAGGCCAUUGUUUCUGCCACCAAGUCUGUCGAUUCUGGGUUUGGCCUGCAUUGUUAUUUCCUCUUAAGCGCAUCUCCCGCCGUUCCCAUCAUCUACUUCGUAGAGCGCCUUCGUGACGGGCGUUCGUAUUGCACACGCAGCGUCAAGGCUGUCCAGAACGGGAAAAUCAUCUUUCAGCUGUUGUGUUCAUACCAUAAGCCGGAGCCAUGGCAUCCAAGUCAACAGUGGCCCAUGCCUGUCGGCGUCCCAGAUCUGUACGAAUGCGAGCUAGAGGAAGACUUAUUCAGGCGCCAGGCAGCGCGAGAAGACAUAGAUGAGCGAAUGAAGGCACUUCUUAUAACUUAUGCAGAGGAGCGCUCCAGGGGCCCUAUCGCUGUUCGUAGAGCGAAGUGGAAUACUGUUUCAGAAGAUGGUGCCUUGACAUCGAUGUUCUGGCUACAGGCACGAACCGGACGAGCUGAGAGAUACGAAGCUCCAGUCCAGAAGUGCAUUUUGGCUUACAUGUCUGAUAUGAACUUUAAUGACUUGAGCUGUGAAGAUGGUUUACUUUAUGUUGUAAUAUGUCCGCGAGGGGCCUCUGGAAGGGCGGUUGUACACGGACGGUUGUACUCGCGUACCGGCAGUCUGGUUGCUGUCACUUCUCAAGAGGGUGUUGUGCGGAGCAACGCCAGGGCCCCUCAACAACAGUCCAAGCUUUAG